AUGCUGGCCUUCGCCGCGCUAGUUGCGCUCGCGUCGCUUGGUGCUCCCGCUUCCGCUACGCGCACGCUGCAAGAGUCGCAACCGGUUCUGAUCCCCACGCCCAAACCCACACAAAUUUCUGGGACUGCUAGCCCGAUUAUAAGACCAAGCGUUCCGAUCCUCGUUCCGGACUCAACCCCUGCUUCUGGCAAUCCGCACGAGUGUCCCCAAGACACGGGGUAUGUUUUCUGGGGCGUUUCGCAGGAGGGGCGCGGACAGUGCGGCAAGGCGUACCUCUCGGCUGAGGUGAAGGGGGACCUGAUUGGUGGCCUAGAUCACGGAAUACUCAUCGGCGAGGCGCGAACAACGGAGGUGUUCACACUCGAGGUGGACUCCAACAAUCACCAGAACGGCGCCAUUCUCUGGGACUGCCACAAGAACGUGAAAGCGCUUCUGACGUCGGUCGCCGGCGGAGAUACGUCAUCUGCCACGCCCUACCUCAGGGCUGACGUCACGCUGACCAACGAAGCGGGGCAGACCGUAACGGGGCCCCAGGUGGUUGCGGAGUGGUUCGCGUCGCACUUCGGCAAUCGGCCCAGUCCAUCCGUCAAGGUUUUCAAGGUCUCGUGGAAGCGCGACGAGAAUAAUGGCAUUUACAAGGGGCUUCGAAUGACUGUCCGUGCGGAGACCGACACCCAAGUGAUUACGUUCGCCACGAGCUAGGACGUUUCCACGUACCCGGUCAACGUCCUUGCCAGCGUGAAUCAGGUCCGGAUUGUAAACAAGUAGAGCUUGGUGCGCUCUUCGUGCUUUAAGGAGCUAGACAUUAAUGGUAGAAAUUUCUGUUACGACUCUAAAUAAACACUCGUUUAAGGGCCCCCUAUCAGGAGUAGCAGGCGGC